AUGGCUUUUAAUGAGCCUGGGAGCUCUUCCGGCGGAUCUCAAAUUCGCGUUACACGCCCAAAACGUCCACGUUUAUCCUCUCAAUGUGCAAGUUUUCUUUGUGAUCUAGAAGAUUUAGUCAAUGAGGAAUUAGAAGAUGAAUUAGACGACACUGAUAGCGACCCCGAUUUUGUUCUAGACAGUGAACAUGAUACUAGUACCGAUCAAAGUGAUACAGAAGAUGUUGAUAUAGCUCAGGUUUGUGGUAGGAAUAUUGGUAUACAGGACGAAAAUAUAGACCGAGGUGAGGAACAGCCCAAGCAAGGUGAUACAGAAGAUGUUGAUAUAGCUCAGGUUUGUGGUAGGAAUAUUGGUAUACAGGACGAAAAUAUAGACCGAGGUGAGGAACAGCCCAAGCAAAGUGAUACAGAAGAUGUUGAUAUAGCUCAGGACGAAAAUAUAGACCGAGGUGAGGAACAGCCCAAGCAAGGUGAUACAGAAGAUGUUGAUAUAGCUCAGGUUUGUGGUAGGAAUAUUGGUAUACAGGACGAAAAUAUAGACCGAGGUGAGGAACAGCCCAAGCAAGGUGAUACAGAAGAUGUUGAUAUAGCUCAGGUUUGUGGUAGGAAUAUUGGUAUACAGGACGAAAAUAUAGACCGAGGUGAGGAACAGCCCAAGCAAGGUGAUACAGAAGAUGUUGAUAUAGCUCAGGUUUGUGGUAGGAAUAUUGGCAUACAGGACGAAAAUAUAGACCGAGGUGAGGGACAGCCCAAGCAAGGUGAUACAGAAGAUGUUGAUAUAGCUCAGGUUUGUGGUAGGAAUAUUGGUAUACAGGACGAAAAUAUAGACCGAUGUGAGGAACAGCCCAAGCAAAGUGAUACAGAAGAUGUUGAUAUAGCUCAGGUUUGUGGUAGGAAUAUUGGUAUACAGGACGAAAAUAUAGACCGAGGUGAGGAACAGCCCAAGCAAGGUGAUACAGAAGAUGUUGAUAUAGCUCAGGACGAAAAUAUAGUCCGAGGUGAGGAACAGCCCAAGCAAGGUGAUACAGAAGAUGUUGAUAUAGCUCAGGUUUGUGGUAGGAAUAUUGGUAUACAGGACGAAAAUAUAGACCGAGGUGAGGAACAGCCCAAGCAAGGUGAUACAGAAGAUGUUGAUAUAGCUCAGGUUUGUGGUAGGAAUAUUGGCAUACAGGACGAAAAUAUAGACCGAGGUGAGGAACAGCCCAAGCAAGGUGAUACAGAAGAUGUUGAUAUAGCUCAGGUUUGUGGUAGGAAUAUUGGCAUACAGGACGAAAAUAUAGACCGAGGUGAGGAACAGCCCAAGCAAGGUGAUACAGAAGAUGUUGUUAUAGCUCAGGUUUGUGGUAGGAAUAUUGGCAUACAGGACGAAAAUAUAGACCGAGGUGAGGAACAGCCCAAGCAAGGUGAUACAGAAGAUGUUGAUAUAGCUCAGGUUUGUGGUAGGAAUAUUGGCAUACAGGACGAAAAUAUAGACCGAGGUGAGGAACAGCCCAAGCAAGGUGAUACAGAAGAUGUUGUUAUAGCUCAGGUUUGUGGUAGGAAUAUUGGCAUACAGGACGAAAAUAUAGACCGAGGUGAGGAACAGCCCAAGCAAAGUGAUACAGAAGAUGUUGAUAUAGCUCAGGUUUGUGGUAGGAAUAUUGGUAUACAGGACGAAAAUAUAGACCGAGGUGAGGAACAGCCCAAGCAAGGUGAUACAGAAGAUGUUGAUAUAGCUCAGGUUUGUGGUAGGAAUAUUGGUAUACAGGACGAAAAUAUAGACCGAGGUGAGGAACAGCCCAAGCAAGGUGAUACAGAAGAUGUUGAUAUAGCUCAGGUUUGUGGUAGGAAUAUUGGCAUACAGGACGAAAAUAUAGACCGAGGUGAGGAACAGCCCAAGCAAGGUGAUACAGAAGAUGUUGAUAUAGCUCAGGUUUGUGGUAGGAAUAUUGGCAUACAGGACGAAAAUAUAGACCGAGGUGAGGAACAGCCCAAGCAAGGUGAUACAGAAGAUGUUGAUAUAGCUCAGGUUUGUGGUAGGAAUAUUGGCAUACAGGACGAAAAUAUAGACCGAGGUGAGGAACAGCCCAAGCAAAGUGAUACAGAAGAUGUUGAUAUAGCUCAGGUUUGUGGUAGGAAUAUUGGUAUACAGGACGAAAAUAUAGACCGAGGUGAGGAACAGCCCAAGCAAGGUGAUACAGAAGAUGUUGAUAUAGCUCAGGUUUGUGGUAGGAAUAUUGGUAUACAGGACGAAAAUAUAGACCGAGGUGAGGAACAGCCCAAGCAAGGUGAUACAGAAGAUGUUGAUAUAGCUCAGGUUUGUGGUAGGAAUAUUGGCAUACAGGACGAAAAUAUAGACCGAGGUGAGGAACAGCCCAAGCAAGGACGAAAAUAUAGACCGAGGUGA